CUUGGUGGGGAAAAAAAAAGUCUGCUUGAGGAGCCCACAAUUCUCUCCAUGAAAAAAAAUCUAUAUAGCAACUGUUUCUUCCACUCCCCCAAUAUAAAUCAAAACCCCCAAUACCAUUAAUCGCAUUGCCCUCAUCUGUUCUCUCUCUAAAACGUUCCUAUUUCUCUCUCUAAAACAUUUGGUAUUCUAUGGCCAUGGAUUUUGAGGUUUCGUCCUGGUUUCAAUCAGUACUCGGUUUUUUGUUCUUCCCUUUGAUGACUUCUUUUUUCGUUUCAUCUAUUUUGGUUUUUGUUUUGAGGUUGAAACCAUGUUGUAAAUGUGAAACCUGCCAGACUUUUCUUACUUCGAGUUGGUUAAGGAAAUUCGGCAACUUCUGUGAUUGGUAUUCUCAUCUUUUGCAAAAUUCUCCCACAGGAACAAUUCAUGUUCAUGUACUAGGUAACAUAAUCACAGCCAACCCUGAAAACGUUGAAUACAUUUUGAAAACACGCUUUCAGAAUUACCCAAAGGGGAAACAUUUUUCUGUUAUUUUGGGUGAUCUAUUGGGAAGAGGGAUAUUCAAUGUUGAUGAUGAUUUAUGGAAGUUUCAAAGGAAAAUGGCGACUUUAGAACUUGGGAGUCUUUCUGUAAGAUCAUACGCUUUUGAUAUUGUUUCUUCAGAGAUUCGGUGUAGGCUGAUUCCUCUAUUAUCUUCUUUUGCUGGUAAAGAGAAUGGUACUCUUGAUUUGCAAGACGUGUUGCGAAGAUUUUCAUUCGAUAGUAUAUGCAGAUUUUCAUUUGGCUUGGAUCCUGGUUGCCUUAAAUUAUCACUGCCCAUUUCGAAAUUUGCUGAGGCCUUUGAUAUCGCAUCGAAGUUAUCUGCAGAAAGAGCACUGACCGCAUUCCCUUUCGUCUGGAAACUCAAAAGGUUUUUCGGAUUAGGAACGGAGAAGCAACUCAAAGAAGCGAUAAAAUUGGUUGACGUUCUGGCCAUGGAGGUCAUAAAGCACAAAAGAGACAUGGGAGUUUCCAAUCAAGAAGACCUUCUGUCAAGAUUCAUGAGCACCAUUGAUGAUGACAAGUUCCUAAGAGACAUUGUAAUAAGCUUUCUUUUAGCAGGCCGCGACACCGUGGCUUCGGCGCUAACAACCUUUUUUUGGUUGCUGUCAAAUCAUCCAGACUCCUUGGAGAAUAUUCGAGAAGAAUCGGACCGUGUCAUGGGACUAACCCAAGACCUCCCGAACUUCGAGCAAUUAAAAAAAAUGCCCUAUUUACAAGCAGCGGUUCAUGAGAGUAUGAGGCUAUAUCCACCAGUGCAAUUUGAUUCAAAAUUCUGUCAGGAAAAUGAUAGUCUCCCUGAUGGGACAUUUGUAGCCAAAGGCACUAGGGUUACCUACCACCCAUAUGCCAUGGGCAGAAAUGAAAGAAUUUGGGGUUCAGAUAGUCUUGAAUUUAAGCCAGAAAGAUGGUUAAAAAAUGGGGUUUUCAAGCAGGCUAAUCCCUUCAAGUACCCAGUUUUUCAGGCAGGACCAAGAGUUUGUUUGGGCAAAGAUAUGGCACUUGUGGAGAUGAAAUGUGUUGCUUUGUCUUUGAUUAGAAAGUUUGAUAUCCACGUGGCAACGUCGAGUCAGCAGCCUAAGUUCAUGCCAGGUCUCACCGCUACAGUCCGAGGUGGUCUACAAGUUCUAAUUCAAGAAAGAGGGUCCCAGCCGUGAGCCAGGACUAACUUGUUUUAUGUGUCUCGGACACGAAUCGGGGUGAGGUCAAGGUUAGAUAACAAAUAAGCGAUUUGAUUGAUGGAUCAAGGCUUGAUGGGCACGAAAGGGCCGAUUGACACCAUCUUAUCAAGGUUCGAAUUAUUGACCGCAAGAUUUUCGAUCCUUUAUCCCCAAUUUAUUCAAGCAAAACAAGAGCCUUGUGCAAUGAUUAUGGCACUAUCCAUCGAGAUGACGUGGGCAAAUUCAUAUUAAUCCAAGAUCGCUAUGAAAGAGCCAGAUUGAUGAUUUCUUGAGCCAAAAACUUUCGAGGAAUGACAUGACCGUGUUGAUUCCAUCAACAAAUAAAAAUAAAUUAAGUCUUAAUUUUUGAAAUACGACAAGGUCAAGUGAUACUGUUGUACUACAAACCAGUGUGUACUGCCAAGAUUGGAAUCAUUGUUACAUUUCAUGAUACAAUUUCUUAAAGAUUUGAAGUAUUUUAAAGUUUUGUUGGGAUUCCAAAAUACACUAGAGAUGUUAGAUACAAUGUACUUGUGUAGAAUUUUUUAAUUUGCAUGUAUUUAGAAGUAUAAGAAUCCAUGGGAGCCCAAAUGAACCGCCGCAGUUUAUUGCCAA